UCCACAGUCGGGUCAUCACUUUCUCGGGAAAACGCUUUCCCAACUGCUUCCCAGGUAAGAAAAUCCUAGCGCGAAAGGAUCAGGGGAGAGUGACAAAAAUGGCAGGAACAGGGGAGUUUGUUGAAGCAGACAAUGCAGAGGCCAUUAUCACCAGAAUUGAGCAUAAAUCUAGGAAGAUUGAAAGCCUACUCAAACAGUAUAAGCCAGUUGAAGCUCUCAAAACUGCUCUGGAAGGCUCGCCUCCGAACACCCGAGACGAGCGUUGCAAGUCUGCAAACUGGAUUGUGGUUCAUAGAGCUAUUAUGGCUAUAAAGGAUGUGGAUGGGAUGUUUUCUUCUCUGGAUCCAGAGUACUAUGAUAUCCUCAUGAAGUACUUGUAUAGAGGCUUAUCAACAGGAGAUCGGCCCACUUGUGACCAAUGCCUUAGGAUUCAUGAAAAAUUGACAGAGAGAGCUGGUUUGGGAUGCAUACUCCGCUCACUUGCAGACACUGUAAAUACUGUUUGAUUUCCAUCGCGCUUGCAUUGGAAAAUUUGUUUUUAUGAGGAUGAUCUUUUGAAGAAUGGAACUGCUGUUAUCCUCUUGGUAUGUCUACAAACUAUAAGUACAAACUCAGGCAUUUUCAGAAGUUGUAUAUCACUCUUCUGAACUCGGGUUUAGGAGCUUCCCUUAGAAAAAUAUCGUUGUUUCAUAUUUCCUUGUACACCUGCCUAAUCGUAAGGAUCUCGCUUCGGUCUUCUAAUUUUUUUCUCAUACCUUUUGGUUGUUUUUGUAUUUCGUGAAUUUGUAAAAGAAGAGAAACGAUCUCUGUUUACUAUUGUUUAUGGAAAGUGGGGAAAUUUCUGAGGACAAAGUAGAAAAUAAAUUUGGUUGCUUGUCUUA